GCUGCGACGGUUGCACCAAGAUUGUGAGGAUAAGGAGAGCUUUGCUCCAGUCUAACCAGGCUGAACUGCCACGCUCACACCCUUCUCCUCCUCCUCUGCUAUCUGCUGCUGCUGCUGAAAAAUUCUCUCGAAUCGAUCGCCCGAUGGUGGUGGCCAUCGCUACCGAAGCGUGGGCGCUCGCCGGAUGCGGCGCGGCGGCCAAGUCGGCGGCCGCGGCGGCGCAGGAGGCGCCGGUGCAGCUGCAGCAGCAUAGUCUUUCUGCAGCCAGGGCCAAGAAACCGAUUUCGUUCAGAGCGGUGGCGGCGGCGGCGGUCAGUAGCCAAUGCCACCAAGAACGGCGCGCCGUCGUCGUCGGGAGACGCAGCGGCAUGGCGUCCUGCCUGCUCGCCGCCGUCGCUGCCUCCCUCUCCGGCGCCGGUGAAGCGCGGGCCGCGGUCCUGGAGGCCGACGACGACAUCGAGCUCCUGGAGCGCGUCAAGGAGGACAGGAAGAAGCGGCUCCAGAAGCAGGGCGUCAUCAGCUCCUCUGGCACCGAGACAGGGUACUUGCAGGAUCUCAUCUACAAGCUGAGCAAGGUAGGGCAAGCCAUUGACAAGAAUGACCUCCCUGCUGCAAGCAGUGUCCUAGGCCCAAACUCUGACGCUCAGUGGGUUCAGAACAUCAAUGUAGCUUUCACCAAGUUUAGCUCUAGCCCAGAGGAGAAGAACAUGGUCGAUAGCUUCAAUUCCUCCUUGGCCUCCUUGAUUACAUCUGUGAACAAGAGUGAUGUUGAUUCAUCCAAGUCGGCGUUUGUGUCGUCAGCCACAACGCUGGAGAAAUGGAUAGCUUCAGCCGGUUUGAGUGGUCAGCUCAAAGGAUUCUAAAUUUCUGACGCCAAUUGAAUCUGAAUCGCCUGACAAGUACAUGAUCGGAGUAGCAUUUCCUUGAAGCAAUGGUCUAUAUAUAAUGCGUCAAUACCAGUAAGAAUGUUUUGUCCAAGAAAAAGAAUUUGAAGAUAUGGAUUCGGCUGCUGUGAAUCUUCGAAGAGGGUAUUGUAACUGAAUCUUCAGUUCAGACAGAAUAUGUGAUAAUAGCCAUGGCUCUGUUUUUUCUCUCUCUCCGUGGGAAGUAAAUUGCAUCAUUUCGUAUAUCACGAGAUUCUUUGCAAUGCAGAAGAAAAUUUAGCAAAGUUUCUUUGUUUUCA